UGACAUUUCAGAUUUGAGGUAAAUCUACAGAUCAUGGCACUGAGGCUUGCCAAAUUUAGGCAGUUCCAGCUUUUGCAUUGUUGGACUCUUAACUGCCCACAGAACUUUGAAAAAAUGAGAAAUUUAUGUACAUAAACAAGAAGGUUUUUGAAAAAGUUUAACUGUUAGACCUUGGGGUAUGAAAGAAGAUCCUAGGUAACUGGCUGGUUCUGCCUCAGCAGCAGAUUGAAUGCAGGCCUCUGUUUCUAGAUUGCUUCCAGAAAACAAGUUUUCAGAGAAUCCAAUGGCUGACCAAAGGAUGGAUAUUUCUUCUACAAUUAGUGACUUUAUGUCACCUGGUCCCACUGACCUAAUCUCCAGUUCUCUUAGUACUUCAGGAAUGGAUUGCAACAGGAAAAGGAAAGGAAGCUCUACUGAUUAUCAACUUGAUGGCUUUUCUUUUGAAGAAGGUAUGGAUACAGAUAAAGAUGAUCAGCAUGGAAGCAACCUUGAAAUUGACAGAACAAUGCUAAUAUCAUUGUGUGCGACUGAAAGAGGAUUGGAGAAUUCACUGCCCACCCUCCAUGUUAGGUUGGAAUACACAGACCAACAAGGCAGGAUAAAAAAUGCAAGGGAAGCUCAUAGUCAAAUUGAAAAGAGACGUCGAGAUAAAAUGAACAGUUUUAUUGAUGAGUUGGCAUCUUUGGUACCAACUUGCAAUGCUAUGUCCCGAAAACUAGAUAAACUUACUGUACUAAGGAUGGCUGUUCAGCAUAUGAAAACAUUACGAGGUGCCACAAAUCCAUAUACAGAAGCAAACUACAAACCUGCUUUUCUAUCAGAUGAUGAAUUAAAACAUCUUAUUCUCAGGGCAGCAGACGGAUUUCUUUUUGUUGUGGGCUGUGACAGAGGGAAGAUAUUGUUUGUAUCAGAAUCUGUCUUCAAGAUCCUCAACUACAGUCAGAAUGAUUUGAUUGGUCAGAGUUUAUUUGACUACCUUCAUCCUAAAGAUAUUGCCAAAGUUAAAGAGCAGCUCUCUUCUUCUGAUGCUGCACCUCGAGAAAGGCUCAUAGAUGCAAAAACUGGACUUCCAGUUAAAACAGAUAUAACACCUGGGCCAUCGCGGCUAUGUUCUGGAGCAAGACGUUCCUUCUUUUGUAGAAUGAAGUGCAACAGGCCUUCAGUGAAAGUAGAAGACAAAGAUUUUCCCUCCACCUGUUCCAAGAAGAAAGCAGACCGUAAAAGCUUUUGCACUAUCCAUAGCACAGGAUAUUUAAAAAGCUGGCCACCAACAAAAAUGGGACUAGAUGAAGAUAAUGAGCCUGAUAACGAAGGUUGUAACUUAAGCUGUCUUGUUGCAAUUGGACGGUUGCAUCCUCAUGUAGUUCCACAACCAGUCAAUGGCGAGAUCAGGGUUAAACCUACAGAAUAUGUUUCUCGACAUGCAAUAGAUGGGAAAUUUGUUUUUGUAGAUCAGAGGGCGCCAGCCAUUCUGGCCUACUUGCCACAGGAACUUCUAGGCACUUCUUGUUAUGAAUAUUUUCAUCAAGAUGAUAUAGGACAUCUUGCGGAAUGUCAUAGACAAGUUUUACAGACAAGAGAAAAAAUUGCAACCAAUUGUUACAAGUUUAAAAUAAAAGAUGGCUCUUUUAUUACAUUGAGGAGUCGCUGGUUCAGUUUCAUGAACCCUUGGACCAAAGAAGUAGAAUAUAUUGUCUCAACAAAUACAGUUGUUUCCACCAACGUACUUGAUGGUGGGGAUGCAGCCUUUCCACAGCUUGCAGCUUCUCCACAUAGCAUGGACAGCGUACUCCAGGCUGGAGAAGGUGGCCCCAAAAGGACCCAUCCUACAGUUCCUGGUAUUCCAGGUGGAACAAGAGCUGGGGCAGGUAAAAUAGGAAGAAUGAUUGCUGAGGAAAUCAUGGAGAUUCACAGGAUAAGAGGAUCAUCACCUUCCAGCUGUGGUUCCAGUCCACUGAACAUAACGAGCACACCGCCCCCUGAUACUUCUUCUCCAGGAGGCAAAAAGAUUCUGAAUGGUGGAACUCCAGACAUUCCUUCGGUUGGUUUACUAUCUGGGCAGAUCCAAGACAAUUCUGGUUAUCCCUAUUCUGACAGUUCCUCCAUUCUUGGGGAGAACUCUCACAUAAGCAUAGAUAUGAUAGACAAUGACCAAGGAUCAAGCAGCCCCAGCAACGAUGAAGCAGCAAUGGCAGUUAUAAUGAGCCUUUUGGAAGCAGAUGCAGGUCUCGGUGGCCCUGUAGAUUUUAGCGAUUUACCAUGGCCCUUGUAAAUACCACACAUUGCUUCAACAGCUGAAUAUCAAAGUGCAUUUAUUGGUGGAGUUCUACCGUCUGUGAAACUUGUUGGAUUAUGAGAAGCUUUUAUGUCUGAAUUUCAUAAAAGCCAUAUCAGAACUCAUCCUACCUUGUGUAAUUUCAGACAAAGUGGAGAAACCCGCUACAGUGUUUUUGCAUCAUUGAUUUGGUUAGCUGUGUAUAGCUUGCAUUACUUGUAUAUUUUGGAUUUUUUUAAAAAAAAUCAUUGUGAGACUUGGCACUGGCAUCAUUGGUAGCUUUUAUAUGCAAAUGUUCAUUUCAGAUGUAUGGUGUGUUUUUACACUACAAAAAAGUCCCCAUGUGGAUAUUUCUUAUACUAAUUGUAUCAUAAAGCUGUUUAUUCUUUCUUGUAAGAAUCCUUUACUAUAAAUAUUGUUAAAGUGUAAUGUAUUAGACAGUUAAAUAUUUUUAAAAAUAAAUGUUUCCCUUGUUCUAAAAUGGAGCAUUUACUUUGAUAAAAUAAAUUUGAUAAAACCCUGCUUAAAAAAAAAUAUGCUA